AUGGCUCAUAUUUCUUAUCCGUUCAAAAAGACAAACAAAGCAGUUUACAAGAAACCAGCGUCUGUUUUAACAGAAGAUGUAAUUUACUGGAAGAAAUUAGGGUUGCCUGUAUUAGUUAAAGAAUUUGGUGCUAUAGACUACAUAGAUUUUAGCCCAGUGGAACCUUAUUAUUUCGCCGCAACGUGCUCUGUUCGAGUACAGAUCUACGAUCCAAUUACUAAAGUUGUAGCAAAAAAUAUUUCAAAAUUCGUUGAAGCGGCUUACGGUGGCACAUUUAGAAGAGAUGGAAGACUUUUAGUAGCUGGGAGUGAAGAAUCAGCAGUGAAGUUAUUUGAUGUUCAAUCUAAAAAUGUCCUUCGAGUCUUCAAUGGACACACGGGACCUGUCCACAGAACAUUUUUCACAAGAGAUCAAAUCAAGGUCCUCAGUUUCUCUGAUGACAAAUCGGUUUGCUUAUGGGAUAUUGCAACCGAAGAAAAAAUAGCAAGCUUUUCAGAACACACAGAUUAUAUUAGAGCAGGUGCUCCUAGUCCAAUGACACCAGAUAUAAUCCUAUCUGGUAGCUAUGAUCAUACAGUAAAACUGUAUGACUGUAGAUCCAAUGAAACUACUCUAACAGUUAACCAUGGUUGUCCAGUAGAAUCAACUCUAUUUCUCCCAUCUGGAGGUAUAUUCAUUAGUGCAGGAGGUACAGAUAUAAAAGUUUGGGAUAUAUUUAAUGGAGGAAAAUUACUUGCAAAUAUUUCACAGCACCAUAAAACCAUAACUACAUUAACAUUGGCAAGUAACAACAGUAGACUUAUGUCUGCCUCAUUAGACAGACAUGUAAAAAUUUAUGAUUUAUCUACUUUUAAAGUAGUGCACAAUAUUGAUUUCCCAAAUGCAGUACUCAGUAUGGCUAUAUCAGAGCGUGAUGACGUGCUAGCAGUUGGCAUGAUUGACGGAGUUAUUUCUAUUAGGAAAAGAGUACAACCAGCAUCUUUAUUGGAAGAUAAAAAAGGUUUGUUUAAAUUUGCCCCCGAUCAUGUUGAAACUGUCGAUGUUGUGGUUACAAAACAGAAGGCAACCAAAGUUGCAGAGUUUGAUAAGUUUUUGAGGAAAAUGGAAUUCACUAAAGCUCUAUCUGUCGUACUCAAGAGCUAUGUAGCUACGAAAUUUCCAGAGAAAACAAUUGCUUUAAUACAAGAAAUGCUUAGAAGGAAAGUUCUACAUAUGGCUAUAAAUGGAUUAUCUGAAAAAGAUAUAGGCCUGCUAUUAAAAUUCUUCAGGAAAAACCUUGGUGAAGCAAGAUUUACAAGAAUCGUUAUUGAUGCAGUGAAUGUUUUUAUUGAUGUUUUUGAAAAUAAAAUAAAAUUAUUUUCCGAGCAAAAUUUAUGCCUUUAUACAUCAUUAAAAGAGGACAUUAGAGAAGAAAUAGAAGUUUGUAAAAGAGUAAGUGAAUUAGAAGGAGCAAUAGGACUCCUAUUUUCGGGUGCUCAAGUUAGCACUAGUAUAGGAAAUUUGGAAAUGAAUGACAAUUUGGUACCUUCAUCCAAGGCACAGAAAGAUAUUGUUAUUGAUGUGUGAAUAAAUAACUGUAUAAUA